AUUUUAUAGCCAGAAUUAGCUGAGCAUCUUGAUAAACUGGAAUAAUCAAUUAACAUGUAACUAGCUCAACAAAAGGAAUAAGGUCUGACCACACUCUGAAGAUUUAAAAUUUCUCGGAAGAACCAACCAGUAUUGUGAAGCAAGGAGAUUCUUUUCCCCAAGAAUCAGGCAGCACAGACGAUACUGAAGAGGUUUAUUCACGGCACCAGGAAGACUGAUGGACAGCUUCGAAAGUAUGGUGUUACAAGGCUGAGUUACUGGGCGGACAUCUGACCAUUUAAGUUAUCAAGUGUUUACAGCUGCCAUUGUCCUUGGGCCUCAGAUCAAGUUACAGUGAGGAUGAAGGUUCUCUCAUCCUGUGCUACCUCCAUAGGCAGCUCUUCUCUGCUCGGUUUGAUCAUUUUCUUCAUUACUUUUCACAUUCACAAGCUGGAAUCAGCCCAGUUCAAAGUGAACGGUCCUGGUCACCCUGUAACUGCCAUUGUGGGUAAGGCUGUUGUGUUACCCUGUUACCUGUCCCCCAGGAUGAGCGCUGAGAACAUGGAGGUGAGAUGGUUCCGAUCUGAGUUCUCUUCAGUUGUUCACCACUAUCAUGAGUUCAGGGAUCAGUAUGGGCAGCAGAUAGCAGAAUACCAUGGAAGGACAGAGUUAUUGAAAGAUGGCAUCCUGGAUGGGAAUGUUUCCUUGCAGAUUCUUAAUAUCAGAAGCUCUGAUGAAGGACAAUACAACUGCUUUGUUCAAGAUGGUCUUUUUUAUGAAGAAGCUUUGUUGGAACUGAAGGUAGCAGGUUUGGGCUCCAAUCCUCUUAUCUCUGUGGAUAGUUAUCAGGAUGGAGGGAUCCGGGUGCUUUGUCAAUCAACUGGGUGGUAUCCAGAGCCAGAGGUACUGUGGAGAGAUCUCAAUGGGCAAGAAUUAUCAUCGCUCUCUGAAGCAAAAUCCCUGGGGGAUAAUGGCCUGUUUGAAACAGAAAAUGCCGUUGUUAUAAAAGAACAUUCAAACCAAAACUUGUCCUGUUGGAUCAGAAACACCUUUCUCAAUCAAGAAAAGGAAUCAACAAUUUAUAUAGCAGAUCACUUUUUCCCAAGACUGAAUCCCUGGAUGGUGGCUCUGUGUGUGAUCCUGAUGGGUUUGUUUGGUGUCAGUGGCCUCACUGUUUAUUUAUUGAAAAUUAAAAAAGGAGAAUGGGAUAGAGAAAUUGGGGAACACGAUAAAGCAAUUCGGAAUCAUCUUCGUGCCAUGAGUGAAUGUGAUAGAGAAAUUAUGAGUGUGGGAUCAAACACGAAAUGCACAAGUCGCAUCACUAGAAGAAAAAUGCUGGUAAUUUUAGGGCCGAUAUUAUACCCCAUGUGCAUCUAAAUUUCCCAGAAAAGCAAAUGG